GAAAAGAAGAGAGAAAAUUAGAGACGGGGAGCUUAAGGGGGAAGAGAGAAGAAAGUAGGUUCGUGUGGAUUUGUGUAUAUUUGUGUGAGAGAGAAGAAAGAUUUCUUCUCUAAUCUCAUAUUCAUCUCUGUUGUGUAUGACUGUGUGUGAUAAAAACAUGGGAAUGGAAGAAGGAAAAGAAAGAUUUGAAGAGAACUCACGUCAGCUCCACAUUAAUCUUCGCGCUGAACGGCAGGUUGCCGAUGAAGCAGAUGAAGCGCGUCUUCUUGUCACUUUCGGCGUUGUUGUCGUCCUCGUCGUCUGCCGCGGUAGAGGCGGUGGCUUCGCCGGUUUUCGUGGUGUCAGCUGAUGGCUCGGCGGCGUCCUUGCUGCUGCUAUUUUUGGACUUCUUGUCCUUCUUUUCCUUCUUGGAUUUCUUGUCCUUCUUGGACGAAGACUCUGCCUCAGCGCUGGCACCAGCGUCGGUCUUGAACGCCUUGCUGGGCGUUGAUGUGGGCGCAGGCGAGUCGUCUUGGCUCUUGCUCUUCUUGCUGCUCUUGUCCUUCUCCUUCUUAUCUUUCUUCUCCUUCUUGUCCUUCUUUUCCUUCUCCUUCACGGGCUCCUCCUUAGAUGCGGCCGCAUUGGGCUCUGCGGCGACGGCGGUGGCGGCGAUCUUGGACUCCUUGGCUUUCUUCUUUUCUUUCCUGUCCUUCUUCUCCUUCUUGGACUUCUUAUCGCUCACAACCUCUUCAAUGGCAGGUUCGUCGUCGACGGCCUGCUUCGUCACCUCGGCCUUGCCAUUGGCGUGGACUUUGCUCUUCUUGAGAAUGGGCUUGGCGUCUUCCUGCCCCGCGGCGAUAUCUUCUUCGGUUGUUGACCGACAACGCACGAGCUCCGCUUUGAGAAAGCCAAAUUGUUAGUGUGCUAGCACAUCAGAGUUUGAGAUAGAGGGUAUAAAAUACUGGCGAUUUGAUGCAAAUUGCGAAUUGUAUACAUAUACGGAAUAACGUAGUGUAAAAAGCGAGAUGCCGCCCGUUUACUCGCAUCACAAGGCACAACCACAGCGGA